AUGACUUCGAAAACCUUAGAAGAUGAUAAACCUCAAGGGGAAGAAGCCCUAGCUGACGAAGACCAGAGCAAACAAGAAGAAGAAGAAGAAGAAGAAGAGAUGGAGGAUCGUGCUAAAGUGAAGUCAAACAAGUCAAAUAAAGAAAACGAUCCUACUACACCAACAAGCGAGAGGCCAAGUAGGGAGAGGAAAAAAGUGGAUAGAUACACAGUAUCGUCGCCUGAAAAGUUUCCGAGGUUUUCCUCCAGAAAAGCUUUAUCAAUUGAAAUGGGCCAUGGUACGCAGCUGAAGGACAUCCCAAAUGUGGUUUUCAAGUUGGCAAAGAGAAAACCUGAUGACAACCUGCGUACGCUGCAUAGUAUACUCUUUGGGAAAAAAGAAAAGGCACAAAAUUUAAAGAGGAAUAUAGGCCUGUUUUCUGGCUAUGUGUGGGCUGAAAAUGAGGAAAAACAAAGAGCCAAGAUACGGGAGAAGAUUGACAAAUGUGUGAAAGAAAAGUUGGUGGACUUCUGUGAUGUGCUCAACAUUCCAAUAAAUAAGACUGGUAUGAAAAAAGAGGAACUGUCUGCAAAGUUGUUGGAAUUUUUGGAGUCUCCACAUGCCACGACCGAUGUUUUGCUUGCCGAUAAGGAAAAGAAAGGUAAAAAGCGUGCCACAAAGGCAACCCCAAGCAAAUCUUCUGGGGAAGCUUCUGAAAAACCUGCUAAGAAGCACAAGCAAACUUCACAAGUUGGGAAAAAGCGAAAGCAGUUUUCUGACAUUGAGGAAGAUGAUACAGCUGAACUUUCAGAUGUAAUGGUUGAUUCUCAGGAAGAUGAAGAUAUUUCAGUGCCAAAAAGUGAAAGUAAUAAUGAGGAAAGUCAAUCAGAGGAAGAGGAAGAUAAACAGAAAGCUCACAAGUCUACUUCAAAACAGAAUGCGAUGGAGAUUCAAAGCACCCCUGUAAAGAAGACCACGGAUGAAAAAGCUGCCAAGAGCAAUGAAAAAACUCCUAAAAAAUCUAAUUUGAAAACGAAUAUUACUGACGGUACUUCUGCCUCUUUUUCUAAGUCAAAGCAAUCUGCGUCCAAGAAACAGAAAACUGUAAGGGAAAACCAGGGCACUACAGGGAAAACCGCUUCCAAGUCUUCAAAGCCUUCGGUUAAGGAUCAAGGAAAAGGUAAAGGUGGUAAGAAGGCCAAGACAGAACCUAGUUGGGAGGAUAUGCAUCGAGUGGUUGCCGAUAUUUUGAAGGAAGUAGAUUUCGAGACUACAACUUUAUCUGAUAUCCUCGGUCAACUUGGUACCCACUUUGGCUUGGAUUUAAUACAUAGAAAAGCAGAGGUGAAGGAUAUAGUUACAGAUGUGAUUAGCAAUAUGUCUUCUGAUGAGGACGAGGAAGUAGAGGAAGUUGAAAAUGAUGCCAAUGAUGAUGAUGCAUGA